AUGAAUUGCACAAAUACGAAAAAAAGAAAACGAACGAAAUUAGAAUGUUUGGCAUGUGGAAGUAUAUUUGAUGAUGAUUAUAGAAAGAAACAUGAAACUAAACAACAUGAGGGUAAAAGAGUUUUAGUGAAGCAUGUUGGAGCCCCAGAAAAUCCAUUUAUAGCUGCAGCUAGGCUAAAGCAAGUGACAGAAUCGGAUUCGCUUCAAACUACAGAAUUAUACUUUGAAGAAAUUAUCACCGAGGAUAGAAAACAUAUUUUAGAGCCUCUAAAUGAAUUUCAAGUUGAAAAAUCAGUUGUAAAUGAGAAUAAUAGCAGUGAAAAUAAGUAUGCAGGAACACCAGAAAAUCCGUUUACAGCAAACAUUAAGCAAAAGAUUUGCUUCAAACUACAGAACUACGAACUAUUUCCACCGGGAUGCAAAGAUUUUAAAAUGAAUGACUAUGACGGAGUGAUUGCCGAAUUGAAAGUUUUAGAUCACCAGUGUAACGUGAAAAAAUUGGAUAGCUUGACAAAAAUAUUUAAAUUAUCUGAAGAUUGUAAAACUUGUUUGCCAACUGCAAACAAGCUAUGCAGGCUAGUACUUACAGCUCCCGUAAGUACUGCUUCAAACGAACGUGCUUUCAGUAAACUGAAAAUCGUUAAAAACUAUUUACGAUCGACUAUGGGAGCAGAUCGUCUUCAACAUUUAAUGUUACUUUUUAGUAACAAAGAUAUUUUGGAUUCUAUAGAUUUAAAAAGUUCAGUGAAAUCAUGGUCACUAUUAAAGGAGAGAAGGAUUAAAAUUUAA